CAUUACUUUUCAGUUUUUCUGUCUUCAGUCCUGUUCCAACUACUUCCUGGUAAAAUGUGGAAUAUCACCGAACUAAUAAAAAAGAAACGUGAUGGGCACCCUCUAACAGAGGAAGACAUCAAGCAUUUUAUUGCGGCAGUGGUUUCAAAGGAAAAUGGAUACAACUCAAUCUCGGAGAGCCAGAUAGGUGCCAUGUUGAUGUCCAUGUUUUUGAAUGGAAUGAAUGACAGCGAGACGAGUAUACUUACACUAGAAAUUGCUAACUCGGGAAAAAAAUUUGAAUGGCCAGCUGAAUGGAAGGAACUAUUAGUCGACAAACACAGCACUGGAGGCGUUGGUGAUAAAAUCAGUCACGUGCUGGUUCCAGCUCUUGCUGCAUGCGGAUUGAAGAUACCAAUGAUAUCUGGCCGAGGUCUAGAUAUCACAGGAGGUACGUUGGACAAACUAGAAUCAAUCCCAGGAUUCUCCGUUUCCUGUUCACCGGAACAAAUGAAACAAUGUCUUGAGGAAGUUGGAUGCUGUAUUGUUGGACAGACAGAGGAAAUUGUUCCGGCUGACAGAGUAUUGUAUAGAACCAGAGACCUCACUGCUACGGUCAACAGUGUUCCUUUGAUUACUGCUUCGAUAGUUUCCAAAAAACUAGCAGAAGGAGUUUCCGCUUUAGUGUUUGAUGUCAAAUUGGGCAAAGGUGCAAUGUUAAAAGAGAAGGAAGCUCGCCACCUUGCGGAAGAAAUGGUCGUUGCAUGUUCGAUGAACAAUAUCAAGACUACAGCAUUCCUAACAAGUAUGGACGCACCUAUUGGGAAAAUGAUAGGUAACUCAUUGGAGAUAGUCGAGGUUUUGGAAUGUUUGAAAGGAAGCCGAACCUCAGUGGAUAUUCUAGAGCUUGUUGAAAGCCUUGGAGUAGAGCUCCUCCUACUGACAGGAAGAGCUGCAUCGAAGAAAGAGGGCGAGGCAAUGAUUCGACAAGUCUUGGACGAUGGUUCAGCUUUGGAAAAAUUCCAGAAAAUGAUGGUUCUUCAAGGCGUUGCACCAGAUCUUGCAAGAAAACUGUGCUCACAUGAUGUCGAUCCACGAGAAUUACUGCCUUCUACACGACAUGUGACUCGACUUCACUAUCAGGGUAGUCCAGGAUACAUAGAAAAUAUAGAAGCUUUGAAUUUGGCACAAGUUUGGAGGGAAGAGAUGAACAGAGCUGAAUGUUUUAACUAUGGCGCAGGCGUAGAACUUUUGACCUGUAUUGGAAGAAGAAUAGAAAAAGGAGAACCUUGGGCAGUCAUUCACCACGACCAGGACUGUUUAAGUGAAUCACAACUUUCACGACUUGAAGGUGCUCUACGAGUUUCUCCAGAAAAGGUUCUUCGAUCUUCACGCAUUAUUGACGUAAUGAAAUCGGAAAAAUUAAGUUCCAAAAUGAAAUAACGUCACAUGUUUCUCGCACACUAAAUAAAUGAGU